GGGCUCAGGGGGACUGUCAUUUUCCCUGGUCUCCCAAAUGGAUCCCCAUGUUGCCUGAUACCCACAAAUGGUGGAGCAUGGUAGGAGGAAACUGGCUAUCUUGGGCCUCAUGGCACUGCUAAUGGGACAGGAGGUCCUGGUGGGGUGGGUUUGGGAGCCCAAGAGCCUGGAUUCACCCCCUAGUGCUUGGUUGCCACGAGACUGCCCAGACCCCAUGGUGUGCCUCUCUCCUCCCAGUGUGUGCCCACCUCGUGGAUGGAGACCACGAGAAGCAGGCUCAAACCGCACCCACCCACUGUAUGUCAUCUAGACCCCAGGCAGGGGUGCAGUAGAUGGGUGAGGCUGUGGUGGUGACAGCUGCUGUAGGGGGUUGAGACGCAGUCUGACACAGGAAGUGAGGGGAGCUCCACCGAGGGCUGUACAAAGGUCCCACUGCUCCCAGUGCCCAAGCUGCCUGGCCUGUCCGACGGCUGAGGAGGUGCCCCUGCACCCAUGGCCUUGGAUAGUCCGGGGCUACAUAGGAUGGGGCCACUGGUGCCCUCAGCCCCUCCUGUCUUCUGGGUCCUAGGGUGCCUCGCCUUGCUCUUCUGGCUGUGGGUGCUGUGCACAGCCUGCCACAGGAAGCAGGCGCGGAAGCAGCAGGCCAGGCUGCAGGGUAGCAUGAUGCCAGCGGAAGCGGUGAGUGCCAGGCUGUCCCUGGGGCCAGGGCGGGGCCAGAGGGGACCAACCUGCCUUCUUUGCCCCCAGUCAUUGCUGAGACGACCCCACCUGUGCAUCCUCAGCAAGUCGGACACCAGACUGCACGAGCUGCACCGAGGCCCCCUCUGCGGCACAACCCCUCGGCCUGCUAGCAUGGAUCUCCUGCGCCCACAAUGUCUGGAGGUGUACAGAGGCAUCACCAGGCCCCCAUCCGCCUUCUCACACCGGGAACUGCCCCAGACCUCGCCUGCUACCAAUGCUACCCAGCCCUCCAUGGGCCCCGAGGCCACCUAUUCCAAUGUGGGGCUGGCUGCCAUUCCCAGGGCCAGCCUGGCAGCCAGCCGUGUGGUGUUGGCAGGGGCACGGCUGACCAGCAGCUGUGCCAGACCUGGGCCUGAGGCCAGACCGGUGGUGGCUGAGUAUGCCUGCAUCCAGAAGCUCAAGGGAGCAGAUUGGGGCCCCCAAGGCCUGGAGCAAGGGAAGGCCCAGGAGACCCCAGACACUCAGGUGGAUAUCCUGUACUCCAGGAUCAGCAGACCUAAAAGGAGGGACCCAGGAUCUCCUGCAGUAGACCAGCCAGACCCCAAGGACAGGGCAGCAAUUCUGACUCUGGGGAGGAACCUGGACUAUGAGGCCCUCCCACUCAGGGGCCUGAACACCCACAGAGGCCUCCUAGAAAAUGUGUAUGAGAGCAUCCAGGAGAUGGGGGCCCCUGAGUACCAGCAGCCCCCCAUCUAUAGCUAACAGAUUGGACAUGAAGGCCUCCUGCUACCUCCCCCCACCUGCCUCAGCCUACCCCUCCCUGCACUGAGCACCCAAGUACAGAUGUUUUUUUCUUCCAGCGUGGGACCUGACCUCCUCUUCCCUGACAGUCCCCCACACACAGCUGGCAACCUGAGAGGUGCCUGGGUCCUGGCUGCCCUGGCUUCUGCCAGCGUCUUAAUAAAUCCCCAGCAAGGGGAGGACGAGCACAGCAUGCCUCAGAACUUUUCUUCUUCAAAGCCUGGGGGUGGGGUGGUGGUGGUGGUGGUGGGGUGUCUGGAAGGAGUAAAAACAUCCCCUGACCUCGGGGACAGGCUCCCUCCCUCCUGGGGUGCGUGGGCCCUGUCACCCAAGCUCACAAGACAUUGUGGGGAAAGAGGCCAGAUUAGGGGUGGUGUCCCCAGGCCAGGUUGAUUUUAGAGGGGCUACAGAGUCGUCGGACUGGGACACCGAGGGAGGGCUCGGGCCACCCAGCCCGGGGGUUACAUAAGG